AUGUCGUCCAAGUCCCCUGACGAGUCGUCGCCGCUGACUGCAGCAGACUCGGUACGUGCUCGCCAACUCGAUUCCGGUGCUCCUGACAUUCGUGUUCCAGUAUCUCUUCCAGAUAAUGAUCCCGAUCUACUUCUCGAGCAGGCUCGGGGAGACGUAUCUCUCAGCGUGCUCCUUAUCGCUCACUACGUUCUACGUCACCGGACCGGUGAUAGUGAACGGAUUUUCCACCUCCCUGGAUACUUUGUGCUCAACAGCAUUUGGAGCAGGCAGCUACUCGAAAAUGGGCCUGUACUACCAACGCUGCACUGUGAUACUGAUGCUGAUAUUGAUUCCUAG